UGGGAAAUGCACUCUGGGGGAGGACUCUCAUUUGGACCUCCCCAAUGUCUACCAUGGUUACACCCUUGCACAGAUACUGGGGUAGGACACUACUAUUUAAGAAGGCAGUCAUGGUACACAUAAGAUGAGAGUAAAUAUUAAACAGUGACCUUCAAUGGAAACAACACUACAAUGAAAAUUUGAAUUUAGAAAUGUGGGCACACAUACAUAAGGAGGAAUGACGUAAUUUAACUAGUAUUUUAACCACCAGCAAUACUUGAUUAGCCAGUUUAAUCUACAUGGAAACAGUAACCUAAAAAGAUUGACACCUACUGCACACGAACACAGAGAUCAGAUACCUGACGGCAGCAAUCUAACACAGGAUGAGGAAGAUUUCUGCAAGAGUCACAAGUUGCUGCGUAGCUCUGUUCUUCACCCUGACUUCUGUGUCGGCUGUACAGAAAAAGCUCAAUUCAAUCAAUGCUUUGAAGAAAAUCAACUAUGGCCAGUCUGUGCCCAAACACAGUCUUGUGCUGCUCUACUGGUUUGCCAACACAGUUGACAUUGACGAGAACAAUGUCAUAAGGCUGACCUUUGACCCAAACAGUGGAGAUUAUGGCUCACAUCAUUAUGGCAACUAUGAGGGGCUGUUAGACCCACUGCCUCGAGGAAAUAGAUACCGAUACUACACUAUUGGCAAUCUCAAUCGUGAAACCUCCAUUCCUCUUCCACCUUAUGUUGUCCGUCCCCCAACAGGGUAUGUGGGAGGAAACAGGGACAGGAUCAUAAUUCGUGUCAGGGAGCAGAACAUAGUAGGGCAAGCUUUGCAGAUAGAUCAAGUGUAUAUCACACAGCAUAUUCAACAUCAGGUGACAUAUGAUCCAGAUCAUACCUACCAGAUCACUACUAACCUCUUGAGACAGAUCAGAGAGUUUUCUGUGGGAGACAACCAACAGCCAAUGCAGUAUCUCAGAAGCCUCUAUGGAAGUAACGCUGAUGUUUUACACAUCAGAAACACAUGGGGUGAACUUGCUUGCCUUGGACUGCUGUUGUUUAUUGUGAUCCAGGAAAGGUACUCCUUUAACCAACACAACAACAGAACAGAAAACAACCACACACCUCAAAACAACAACAGACCGGAAAACAACUACAGACCAGAAAACUGCAGACCAGAAAACUGCAGACCAGAAAACUGCAGACCAGAAAACUGCAGACCAGAAAACUGCAGACCAGAAAACUGCAGACCAGAAAAUGUUUGGAAUGAUGAUGCUUUGGUUAUCUGCAUUAUUUCUUGUAUUUGGUUUAUUUUGUUUAUGUAUUCUUGGAUUUUUUAAUACACUGGGAAAGUACAUGGCAAUAAAUUAGGGACAUUAAUUAAUAUUGUUUAAACCAAGGUGUGAUGGUGCUGCUUUUCAAGGAUGACG